CUUUCGGGGAUUCUCACCUCACCUCGUCCCGGUGUGUUUCAUUGUUAUUACUGCCGGGCAAGCAUUAAAACACAGGUACCGCGUCGAUCCAGCACAGCAUUCAAAACUUGGCUCGUCACGAUGAAGAGUUUCCCACCCGAACGCCUACCCUGAAUGUGCUCAAAUGAGUAUCAGCAAUCAAAAAAAGUUUGGCAAAUGACGCGGCAAUUUGUGCUCUGCAGUUUUUGAAGUGCCACUUGAUUGUUUCUGGGUAAAUGGUGUGAAGAGAGGUCCAAGUCCCCUGAAAUUCCUUGGCAGUACUACCUGGGCUUACUAAAUGCAACCAUGUUCGGACGGGCUGCCAAACCUUCGAACCCUUUACUGUAAGGCUGGCCCGGCACAGGACAAAGAGCCGCCAAGGACUGCAGCCCGUCCUUAUCUUAGAGUCACCGCAGCCUUUUCAUUUUACUGUAGCCAAGGGUACCUAUUUUUACUCAGCCACUUGGAGCAACCCAUCCUCAGCCAAGAACCCUUGCCAACGUACAACAGUUUGACAAUUACACAAGCCAACCAACCUCCAAACUGGGGGAACUCGAGAACCCGUCCAUCGUCACAACCCAUGUGGCAAGUGGGUUUUGGGGGAGUGGCCCAAAUGCGCGGCAGAUCGGCCGAUGGGCAUAAGCAACCAAGCGGCGGCUGCGCGCGUCUAAAAAUCGAACACUACGCAACGCGUCGUGGAGGGGGCUGAGUAGGAAAUUUUUACAUUUUUCUGGUUCCUAGUUUUCAGUGAUAUUGCCUUUGUUCAAUGCGUUUCUUGAUGCUUGUCACGGUCCUUCCUGCUGCUGUGUGACCAGGGCCAAGGAGAGACGCGGCGACACGCCAUUGUGUAGUAACCCGAGUUUCCCGAGCUGUCAAAGGAAGGGGGUGGAGUAAUUUCUUAAAGCAAGAAAAAACCCAAAUGCGGGUUUUUGGGCUGCCUCCCACAAAAAAUCCCACACCCCGUGAAAGCUAAAUGGCGAAUUUGGUAAAGAAAC